AUGGAUGACUAUUUGGAGAGUCCGAUGGAGAGUGAGGAGAGCUUCCCCUGCAAAGGCUGUGGAGAGAUUUUAGAGGAGGGUAAAGCAUUUGAGCUGGCGGGCAAUCGAUGGCAUCUCAACUGCUUCCGAUGCAACACCUGCGGCACCCUCCUUGACUCGGAUGCGAACUUGCUACUCUUGGGAGACGGUUCCCUAAUUUGCAAUAACUGCACAUAUAGUUGCAGCGCAUGCAACAACAAAAUCGAGGAUCUGGCCAUCCUUACGGGGGACCAGGCUUUCUGCGCAGCCUGCUUUCGAUGUCGAAACUGUAAAAGGAAGAUUGAAAAUUUGCGAUAUGCCAGAACUUCACAGGGUAUCUUUUGCAUGAGCUGUCACGAGUCGCUCAUGGCCAGACGUCGAAAAAAAUCAAAAGCAGCUGCACAGGCAAAGUCGCGAGAAAAAGACGGUUCGCCAAUGAUUGUGGAUAAGAGCCUGCCAGCGCUGCCGCCGAAUGCCAUUCCAAAUGGCGCCUUCUCGAACGAUCGUGUCGACCCCGAUUCUGAUACACCAACCGAACUUUCUCCACGCCCCAGACCCUCGUAUCCUCACCGCGACUCUUCGUCACGGAGCAGCUCGCGACCGGCCCGAUCUCCAGAACGGGUGGCAGACCACAGGGAAAAAGACAGCGGGCUCUCGUUGCCGCAGGCCACCUAUCGACAGAACCGCAACUCAUCUCAUUAUGGCGGGAGCGAUGUCGCCAGCAAUGCCACCGCUGAUGACCAUGGAUUUUUCAUUCCCGUGGCCCUUGACCCCAGCCCCAGUACCGCUACUCCUUCGAGAUCGAUCAACGAGAACAUGACAUCUACUGCAAGCUCAAGAAAGGAGAAGGAUUAUUUCAGCAUUCCCAAGGCUGAUCCUGAGCCAACUAGACGACGCGAGCAAUCUCAAUCAUCGACUCCCCAUAUUGCCUUUCAGGAGAAGCCACGCCAGACCUCUUCCGACUACGAAAGUCCACCACCCAAAGAUGCUUCAAGGAGGUUGUCUAAAGCUCCCAAGACUGAUAAGCCGGCACAACCAAAGACUUCUUCGACCACAAAUGGCAAAACCCAAGCGAACGAGGAUUUCAAGCUGCAGGAAGCACCCAAAAGCAAAAAGGUAAAUGCAAGAAGUGCCUCACAAUCUUCUGGCGGGCUGCACGAUUUAACCCAAUUGCGGCAGCCGACGGAUAAAAUUGGCACACCGCGCAGCUCUCAGGACUCUCGUCUUAGGGAUGACGAUGAGGUUCGAUCCAACGAAUCUGUCAGCUCUCCAAACCCCACGAGGCCGAUCGCAAGGAAAGAGUUGCCACCUUCGGCUUCACGCACAACCAACGGGACAACGAGGCCGCGCAAGGCUUCCGAGGAUUUACCUCCCCCGAUCCCACCACCUCGGCCGCAACCAGAGGCGAAGUUGAGCGACUCGUAUAUGACCCCUCGAGCACCGCCUGUGCCACCGUCAGUUUCCAGUGGAAAAGAGAACUCUGGACAGCAGGAGAUAACCGAGCCCAAAACAUCGCCGAAAUUGCCAAGAUGGAGUGCCGGUGGAGACUUUAGUAUGGAGGAAGACCUGGCACGCAUUUUGGGGACGGAUGAAGGCUCAUCAUCCAUUCUUCGUCGUGUCUCGAAUGCUGUGCGCCAUGGCCGCACCGGCAGCGCUGAACAGAACAACAACCUGCCCCGGAUCGGCCACACCCGAAGUGUCAGUGAAUCAACGCGCACAACUGCCUCACCACGCUGGCCAAAAACCCCACUCGCAGAGGAUCCUUCCAACUUGCAAACACUCGACAAUUCCAGUUCCCAAUCGCUUGCCGUACAUGACGACGCUGCUGUCCUGAAGCGCAGGCUCAGAAAUUCCGAGCAAAGAGUGGCAGAGCUGGAGAGGCAGUUUUCCAGCGAGAAGGACCUGCUUCGAAUUAGCGAGCGCCUAGAGGAGAAGAGAAAGACCGUCUCGGUAUUAGACACCCAGACCGAGAUCAUGAUCCGUCAAUUGGAGGUAUUGGCCGGCUACGUCGAAAAAGCCAAAGAUACUCAACGGCCUAUCAACCCCCACGACCUAGAGGAGUCUGCCAUCAAGGAAUUUGUUCAGAAGAUCGACAAGCUCAAGCAGUCGAUGACCGCGUCAUUGGAACAGCUCCAUUCAGAGCGCGAUGCAUUGCUCGAGGAGAAGGCUCAAGCGAUUGCAGACCGCGACCGCGCGCUUCUAGAGUUUGAGCAACUGUCAUCAAAGAAUGCUCAGCUCGCCGAGAUGAACAACGACUUGACCCAACAGAUUCAGGGUAGAUUCAAGAACCAUUCGGACCCGCGCACGCCGAUGAAUGGCCUCGGCAUCUACCAUCAGCACAAGGGCCAAUCAAACAACUCUGUUCACUUGGACAGCUCCAGCAUACAGACUGGCACGACCCUGAUUCCCGACCAAGAGGAACCUAUUCUUGAAGCAGGUCCCACUGUUGUGAAUAUUCGAAAGGGCAAAGUGCAAAAGUUUAGCUGGAAGAAGGGCUCCAAGGCAAUGGCUCAGAAUAUCGCCAAGGGAGUGAACAGGACAGUCGGCGCCUUGCAACAGCCAGAGCGCCGCGACGGACAAUUCGCCGGCGAGAAUAUUGGCCUGCCUUACAACAUGACACAUACACCUGUGGAAUCAGCACAAGCGGUUCCCGUCAAUGGUCAGAACCGGCCGAAUGGCAACCUCAGUAACGGCAACAGUACCAAUAAUCUCAACAAUGAGAAGCAGGGAUUCUUUGGUUUCAAGAAGUCAACGACCAUGCCGCCAAAGACCAUGGGAAUACAGAACAAUUCUAGCUUGGAUGUUGCAGAAGCGGCAGAUGUUCUGUUCGGAUCGGAGCUUUCUGAACGAGCUGAUUUUGAAAAGAGACAGAUACCGUGUGUGGUUACACGAUGUAUCGAAGAGGUCGAGCUCCGCGGCAUGGAUAUGGAGGGCAUCUACCGAAAGACUGGUGGCAACUCUCAGGUCAAGUUGAUUCAGGAGGGUUUUGACAAGACUGAGAAUUUUGAUAUUUCGGACCCUGACUUGGACAUUACGGCUGUCACCAGUGUCUUGAAGCAAUAUUUCAGAAAACUGCCCACUCCAUUGCUUACUUACGAUGUCUACGACCGAAUCCUGGAAAUCAACUCCAUUACGGAUACGGACGAAAAGUGUGACCAUCUGCGAAAGACGUUCAAUAUGCUGCCACAGAAGCAUCGGGACUGUCUUGAGUUCUUGAUGUUCCAUCUUGUUCGGGUUGCCCAACGCGAGCCAGAAAACUUGAUGUCUCCUAAGAAUUUGGCUGUCGUCUUUGCGCCGACGAUUAUGAGAGACAGGACAAUCGAAAGAGAAAUGACAGACAUGCACGCAAAGAAUCUUGCUGUGCAGUUCAUCAUCGAAAACAGCCAGACAAUCUUCUCCGAGGACUAA